AUGGAGGUCCCGGUCACCACCGGCAAGUUCGCCGGAUACGUGCUGGUGUGCUCCGCUUUCACGAAGGACGACGUGCCCGCGGUGGCGGACUUACUCCUGGGAAGCGGCAUGGCGGGGUUCCCGCUGGAGAGGAAGACGCUGCUGGUGUACCUCGGAGGCGCGGUCCCGGCGUUCCCGCAGGGUACCUACCUCGUGGGCCGGCUCCGGGCGCCCAGGGAUCGGACGAGGGAGAGGAUAAGGGAAGAUUGCGCCGACGGCGUGGAGGCGCCCGCGCGGUGCGACGUAGACGCGGACGACGCCGCGGAGGACGCGCCGAUGAGCUCCUGGUCCGAGGAGAAGAGCGUCGCGUACGGCCCGAUCGUCGCCACCGUCGGCGUGUCCUUCGACGGAGCCACCAGGCGCCGGUUCACGUCGCUUUCCCCGCCGACGGAUAGCGGGUACCUGAGCGACCUCACGGUGACAGAGGCGGAGCGGGGGGAGGGACUCGGGAGGGCCAUGCUCGCCGCCGCGGAGGAGUUCGCGCGGGACAUGAGGCAACCGUGGAUGUACCUGCACGUGGCGCUGAAAAAACCCGGGGUGGUGCGGCUGUACAGGGACGAGGGGUACGACGUGGUGGGGGUCGACCCGGGGAUACUCGGGUGGCGGGGACGGCUGCUGAUGCGAAAGUCGAUGGGAAAGAGUCGAUAAGAUUAGGCGUUGUACUUGUACGAUGGAGGAGAGUCGAACGAACGA